GUUUUGAGUUGAUUAUUUGUUGCAAGGGAUAAGGAAACAUCAUUUCCGGCCGCUCUACCAAUAUUCUGGUGUUUUUUAUCUGAUAUUUAUAGCAGGACAAUUUCCCCGCGAAAAUUAUCGUAACGACGAAGAUUACCAACACAGAUAGCCAAACGGCUAACUAUCGUCUAAUUAUUUUUUUACUGUAAAUUAUCAGGUAAAUUUGCUGUUACAAAUUGCCGUCUUAUAUGUUUACCUGAUAAAAUCGAAUCACGGAGAGAUGUUGUUUGUGAAGAUCAUGUAAAUUUCAAAAUCAUGUGAUGGCUCUCACAAUCCACAUCUCAUUUUUGGGCUCGCUUCCAACUCAAAAUAUUCAGGAAAUUACGAGUUCUGCUUAUAAAAGUUAUUUAAGGGGGAACCCAGUUUUCAAAUCGGGUAAUGCACCAAGUUUGACAAAGACAUUAAGCUGCAGUUGUAGGUCAAGAAUAACAAUGACGGAACAGAGAACGGAGAAAAAUUAUGAUAAGAUUCCACACGUGUUAAGUGUUGCUGGUUCUGAUUCAGGGGCAGGGGCAGGCAUACAGGCUGAUAUGAAGGCAUGUGGUGCCCGUGGAGUUUACUGUUCUACUGUUAUAACUGCUGUUACAGCUCAAAACACUGUGGGAGUCCAGGGUGUUCAUCCAGUGCCAGAGAAUUUUGUUUUCGAGCAGCUGAAAUCCGUUUUAUCAGAUAUGGAAGUAGAUGUGGUGAAGACAGGCAUGCUUCCCUCAACAGGCAUUAUUCAAGCCUUGUGCAGAAGCCUGAGGGAGUAUCCAGUGCGAGCAUUAGUAGUUGACCCAGUUAUGGUAGCGACAAGUGGAGAUGUGUUAGCUAGUCCAGUUAUUCUCAGUGAACUUCGGAAAGAGAUUCUGCCAAUGUCAGAUAUUAUUACGCCUAAUUUGAAGGAAGCAUCAGCUUUAAUAGGUGGAGAACCAUUGGAGACUAUAGAUGACAUGCGUGCAGCAGCAAAAUCAAUACACCAGUUGGGACCACGGUAUGUGCUUGUAAAGGGUGGUCACUUGAGGACUGUCGGAGAUGUUGUUGACAUCCUCUAUGAUGGAGAAACCUAUCAUGAAUUGCGAGGACCACGUAUACAAACUCACAAUACUCACGGGACAGGAUGCUCUUUGGCAUCAUGCAUUGCUGCUGAACUUGCAAAGGGAUCUCCAAUGCUUCCAGCUGUCUUGGCAGCAAAACGUUUUAUUGAAGAAGCUCUUGAACACAGCACGGGAUUCUUGAUUGGAAAUGGACCUCAAGGACCUUUCAACCACCUCUUUAAGCUCUCUUACCAAAAAGCCAUCCCUAUGAAAAGUAUAUUCAGGCCAAAUGAUCUUCUUUUGUAUGCAGUCACAGAUUCUGGAAUGAAUAAGAAAUGGGGCCGUUCUAUCUCAGAGGCUGUCAGAGCUGCUAUUGAAGGGGGGGCAACAAUAGUACAACUGAGAGAGAAAGAGGCUGAAACCAAAGAAAUCAUCACUGCAGCUGAGGAGUGUCUGAAAGUUUCACGGUCAUAUGGAGUACCUCUUUUGAUAAAUGAUCGUAUAGAUGUAGCACUUGUGUGCAAUGCAGACGGAGUACACCUUGGGCAGUCUGAUAUGCCAGUGAAAGCAGCACGAGCUGUACUUGGACCCAAUAAAAUAAUUGGAGCAUCAUGCAAAACUCCAGAGCAAGCUCAAAAAGCUUGGGAAGAGGGUGCAGAUUAUAUUGGGUCUGGUGGUGUUUAUCCAACUAAUACAAAGAAAAAUAACCAAACUAUUGGUCUGAAUGGUCUCCAAAGAGUCUGUGAGAGUAGUCUGUUGCCAGUAGUUGCAAUCGGAGGCAUCAAUACUGAGAAUGCACAUGAGGUCAUGGAAAUGGAUCUGCCUAAGCUGAAGGGGGUAGCUGUUGUUUCAUGUUUAUUUAACAAAGAAAACAUAUCUGCGGAAACUCACAAAUUGCGUUCUGCAUUAGCAAAAUAUGCUGAGACUGAAAACUGAUUGUUUAAUACUACAUUCUUUCAUCCCAACAUGAUUAGAACGAUUGUAGAGUUAGUGAUGACAGUUUUUUGGCAUUAAAUAUCUAUAAUAAAAAAUUACAUGCGUACCAAAAAAAUAUCUUUAAUAAAGAGCGUUUCAUGCUUACAAA